AUGAAAAUGGAAGAGUCACUCUAUAACGUAGGUUAUCCUGCAUAUGGCGCUCGAUUUAUUAGGAAUGAUGUAUUGCUAGUAGCUGGAGGUGGUGGCGAGGGAAAUAAUGGUAUCCCUAAUAAACUCACGGCGCUGCAGGUGAACUUCAACAAGCGAAAGGUGAUAAAGAGGUUCAGAGAGCUCACGUUGGACCCGAACGACGAUUCUCCGACAACUCUAGAUGCUUCUAAUGAUAUCAUUUUGAUGGGGUGUAAUGAAAACUCAGCGAGAAUCAAAUCCUCUGGAGAGAAUCAUCAUUUAAGGAAAUACGUGUUCGAAAAUGAUCACCUUAAGUUUGUUGCCAGUGUGGAUUUUGAUCGUUCAAAGAGUGUAGAGGAUUAUACUAAACUGACUUACAUGUCCCAAGAUGGCUCAGUAGCCGCAAUUGCAUCCUCGAAAGUCCCAACGAUAAUCAGAAUCUUAAAUCCAGUUGCAUUGACCGAAACCUAUGAAAUUGAAACUGGAAACGAUGUGAAAGAUUUGCAUUUCAGCCCUGAUGGCAAGGUACUUAGUUACAUUACUGCUUCUACUCUGGAAGUCAUAUCUAUUGUCACGGGACGGUUUAUUAUCAGGAAGACAGACUUCGAUAAAAAUUGGGCACUUUCCAAAAUCAGGUUCAUUGGUGAGGAUACUGUCUUAAUUGCUGCCGCUUUAAAGAAAGGUUCAGGAAUAGUGCUCGUCAAAAUUAGCUUGAAGAGUGGAACUACUUCUGUGCUGAAAACGAAAGUUGUUACUACUAAAUUCAAGGGAGUAACAUCGAUGGACGUUGACAGCAAGGGCCAACUUGCCGCCCUAGCCGGUAAUGACAAUUCAAUUGCUAUUAUUCGCUUGAAAAACUUUACUGUGGCAAAAUUUUUUAAACAGGUUCAUUCCUUUGCAGUCACACGAAUUGUCUUCUCUCCUGACAGUAGGAUUUUAGCAAGUGUAUCUGCUGCAAAUACUGUUCAUGUUGUGUCAAUACCUGAAAAUUUGGCAUCUUCUAGUUCAUUCCUGGAAAGAAUUGUGUCCUUUUUCAUCAAUGUCGUUCUUAUUGUUAUAAUUGCUUUGACAGCACAGUUGUCUUACAAAUAUAACCUUCAUUCGAAAUUAUACCACUUUAUUCAUUCGAAAUAUCUGUCAAAAAAUGACACAACUCCUUUUUCCAAAAUCAAUGAAGUUCUACGUCAGACGACUUUAGUGGGUGAUGUUGUAAGCGUGUCUACGUAUACCAAACCACUGGAUACAGCAUCUUCUUCCAUCAUUACAGACCAAAAACUCAUGGCCUCGACUCAGGUGAUGCCGGAGUCGUUUUCAGAAACUACUGUAUAUUUGGACUCCGACGACACAGUUGGAUUAACAAUGAGUCUUUUAUCGAUAAUUCCUCUAGAGCGUUUUUCAGAAACAGCGAGCCCUGAAACCGUAACGAGUAGCUUAACUCUAUCCAGUUCUGCGAUAGUAUCAUCUACCACGCAGCUUACUAGCUCUGAGUUGUCUGCUCCUAUUGUCACAAUGGCCCAAACGUCGUCCGAAUCUUCACCUCUUGAUACAACGACACAGGCAUCAUCCGAAUCGUUCGGAUCUUCUGAAAGGGAUAUAAUAUCCCAUACGUUGUCGAGAUCCUCGAUCGAUGAAAUGAUAGCUAAUAAGCCAUCUGAUUCGAAUUCUAUAACGAUGACCCAUACGUUUGAAUCAUCGAAUUCCCCUGUGACAACGGUGCACUCAUUAACAUCGUCCAUAUCAUUGUCAGGUUUCUCAUCAGAUGAUCAAGUGACUUCACAAGCCGGUUCUUUUGAGGCGGGUUUUGAAGAACGCUCAUCGACUGUAGAAUCAGCUGUGAAUUCAGAAAAGGGCGAAACAGGUUUUACUAGUAUAGCAUCUACCUCGGACGGCGAAUCUGUCGCAACUACAUCUACGACUUCAGAGUUCCACGAGAGUAACUCUUUCGAGUCAUCUUCGCCAAUCCUUACUGAAAUCGUCUCUGCUCUUCAGUCUGAGACCCCAGAUGAAAGUGAGAUUCUUCGCAUCAGUUCUGAUACCGACAACCGGUCCUUAGGUAUGAGCAAUUCUGUGGUUUCGACUUUUGUCGCCACAUCAUCUAAAAAGACUUCAUCGCUAAGCACUCUCAAUGAUCGCGUCUCUGAGACCGAGUAUCUCUCAAGUGGCUCGAUGGAAAGUAAUGUGCUUGAUUUGACUACAAAGAUGAAAGAAGAGCAGGUUAGUAAUUUAGAGAGUAAGUUAUCGCUUUCUGGAUCCAAUUCCACAACUGCAGUUUUAAUUUCAGAUAAUAAUUCGAGCAAUUCACCACAAUCGGAGUCUUCAAACGGAAUAGAAAAGUCAUCAUUAACACUUGAAACAACGGAGAAGAAUCAUUCUAAAACUGAUACAACGUCUGAAGAAACUCCAACCCUCGUUGAUGAAGUCGUUUCCAAUAGUGAGAGCAAUUCGGAGCAAAUUGAACCAAAAUCGAGUUUACAAGCAUCUUUAUCUCCAGCUGUCCUCUCAACCAGCGAUUCUUUGGAGUUCUCAGCAUCGGCGAUGACAUCUGCACCAAUAGCGUCUUCCGAUACGAGUGCCGAUGCCGAACGUACAAUUAUAGACGAGAUUAAUAUCUAUCUCGACUCAACGGUGAGUUCAGAAUUCGCCACGAGUGAGACAGCGGAUCAAAGUUCAACCUCUUCAGUUGACCAGACUAGUUCAUCUUCUGCGAUUGAAGAGAAUCACGCAGAGGAGAAACACUCACACAUUCACAAUCUUGACAGCAAUUUGAGCACCGCAUUAACUACGGAGUGGGAUUCGGCUGUUACGCAUUCCAGUCCAAAGCCUUCCGUAUCUCAGGCCAUUCCAGAAGGCUUUGAUGAACAAUUCACGCCAGAUAUCAAUGAUAACGCCUUGGCUCCAGAAGAAGACAGCGUUUAUAACAAUGAAGAAUCAUUACUUGCAGUUCAUAGUGAGUCUUCUUUAGAAUUGCAUUCAACGCUCACGGAGGAAAUCACGGUUGAAACAACUGCAGAUUUCCAGACUUCAUUUGAAAAGCCAGGUGACGAUAGCAACCUUGAUGAUCCUGCUCAGUUCAUCGAAGAUGAGAUCGAUCACGAUGAGUUAUGA